CAGCCAAUCAAUCGAGGCCAAUGGAAGUUUUGAAAAUCUUCCAUCCUUGUCCCUACACCUUAGGUAAAUAAACAGUGGAUACCCUUCAAUAAAUAAAAGGGUAUUUCAGUAAAUCUAAUAAAAGAUCGGUGUUACGCGCCCUUCGUUCAAAAAAGCAGCGCCGCAGUUUGAAUAAAAAAGAUUACUCGUUAUGGACAAGAAUACCCUUUUCCUUCUUUUCCCUUCUUUAACAGUGUUCUUCGAAUCCAUAUUUUCCCCCCUUCUUCUUAGAGAAAAAAAAAAAAAAAAAAAACUCACUCUCCUGAAUUUGAGAGUGUCUGCAAUCUUGUUUCGGCUCUGGGAUUUCAAACUCAACAAUGGGCUUCCCUUAUUUCCUUGGAAGAGCCCUAUUCGCCUCUGUUUUCAUAUUCUCUGCUCACCAAGAUACUGUUGUUGCGGCUAUGGCUAUCAAGGGACUUGGAGGCAUUCUCUUUAUCUUUGGCAGCUCAACUGGAGCCUAUCUUUUGCUGUUGCAUCAAAUGAUUGCUACUCCUCUUCUAUAUAUAAUUUUUAUGACUAUGAUGGCCAUGAUGAGAAAAAGAAUUUACUCAAUUGUUCAUCAAAUUUACUCAGCUCUAUAUAUAUGGGAAUAUGGCACUUUUGGGGCAUUGCUAUUCUUCAUAGGGAUGAAGAGCUCAGUUCCAAAGAAACUACACAAGAAAAAGGUUAACAAGACAAAAAAUUUCUAAAAAGGAUUGAUUGAUUAGCUUUUUAUUUAUUUAUUUUUAUUAUUUCCCAGCUAUAUAUUGUUUUUUUUUUUAAAAAAACUUUGUUUUAUCUAGCUAGCAAGAUUUUUUGUUAUGUUGUAUAGUGCUUGCAUGAAUAGUUGUAAUGUAUGUGGUGCAUUUUAGUCCAAA